GUCGGACAUUCACUUCAACAGUCAACACUUACUGAUACGAGUCAAUAAAGAAAACAAUGUCAAGACCAAUAAAUUGUGUGCAUUUGUUAUUAAUCUUUUUCAAUGUCAUACCAUGUUACUGGACAUAUGAAGUACCUACAGCCAAAAUAGAGGUAUUCUAUCCCAAAGGCUUCGAGGUGUCCAUACCACACGAGGAGGGCAUAACACUUUUUGCGUUUCAUGGCAAAUUAAACGAAGAAAUGGAUGGCUUGGAGGCUGGCACUUGGUCUCGUGAUAUUUUAAAACCUAAAGAUGGACGUUGGAUAUUUCGUGAUCGCCUAACCAAACUAAAAUUGGGUGAUACCUUGUAUUACUGGACCUAUGUCAUAUACAAUGGUUUGGGCUAUCGUGAAGAUGAUGGUGUCUUUGUAGUGAGACAAUAUAAUGAAACUGGUAUCGUGGUAACGGAUACACCACCAGUGACCUCGCCUAAUCCUCAGUGUCUAGCCACUGUGACUAGGGUUAAUGGUGCAUCAGUACGCUGUAGUGGCGAAAUUAUAUUUGAAGAACAAUUUGAGGGUCACAGUUUGGAUUCGAGCAAAUGGUCUAUGGAGAGACGUAUACCCCAAGAACCUGACUAUGAAUUUAACAUGUAUCUUAACGAUGUUGCGGAUGUUUUGAAAGUUGAGAAUGGAAAACUAACCAUAAUACCCAAGCCUACUAUUCAUCAUUAUCAUGGUGAUGUAUUUAAGAAAACAUUUUCAUUGGGCUUAUCUUGCACGGGUAAAGUGGACACCGAUGAGUGCGUGUUUCAUCCUAGAACUCAAAAUAAGUUAAACCCUUUAAUAACAGCACAAAUUAAAACGAAAGAUAAGUUUUCUUUUAAAUAUGGCAGAGUGGAGAUAAAAGCUAAAAUGCCCGCUGCCAUGUGGGUGUAUCCGCAAUUAUGGUUGGAGCCCUCAAAGCUUGUCUAUGGCGGCAAUCUGUAUCAUUCGGGCCAAAUGCGUGUGGCUCAUACAAUUGUCAAUGGAGAUGAGCUAUUUCUACAAGGUGGUUUGAUUUUAAAUUCCAACGAACCCUGGCGUUCUGCAAAAAUGUGCCAAUAUAACCUGACAAAUCUCAAUUUGACCAACGAGUAUCACUUGUACGAAUUAACCUGGAAACCUGAUUUAAUAGCCGUUGCUGUGGAUGGUCAAGAAUAUUGUCGCUUGGAGAUCACAAAUGAAGUUCAAGCUUUUAGAAAUCUUGAAAUAUCUGGCCAGUGUUUGCCAAAUCAGGAGCUUUUGAAUGAAGGUUCCAAAUGGGCACCUUUCGAUCAGGAAUUCUACUUGACCCUGGGCUAUGGCAUUGGUGGCAAUAACGACUUUAAGGAGGAUACAGAAUGGCAUGAGCCAAAACCUUGGCCCAAUACCGAUCGACGUUCGAAGAAUACAUUUUGGAAAAAAUAUAGCAGCAAUUUAAAUUGGCUGUAUAAUGGUGAUUUGAAAGUGGAUUUUGUUAAAGUUUAUUCAGUGUGAUUAAAAUUGAAUUAUUUUAUUAAUUUUGCACUUAAGUUGACUAAUAAAAAGUUCAAAGAAAA